CCAAAUAUUGAAAUUCGAUUUUAAACACUCAUUCCCUUAAUUCCUAGAAUUAUAAUAAUGGAGUCGUUUUAUUUAUUAAGAAUGUCAAAUUUAUGAAUUAAAAUUUAUUCUAUCGUUAACCAAAUGAAGGAUUGAUUGCAAUUGUUAAUGAAAGAUCCAAUAAUGACGACUGCUACAACGGACACUGCGAAACUGUCGACUACGGACCGGAUCGUUAAAGGCGUUCCGUAUCCACCGUUGAAACGACUGGACAUGAAAGACGUGUUCGACGAGAAAGACAAACCGAAGCCGGAUGUACUCAAGCCCCACUUCAUCGCUGAGGGCAGAGUGACAGAGGAAGUAGCCUUACGAAUCAUCAACGAAGGUGCUGCGCUGCUCAGAGCCGAGAAGACCAUGAUUGAAAUAGAAGCUCCCGUCACAGUAUGUGGUGAUAUCCACGGACAAUUCUACGACCUAAUGAAGCUUUUUGAUGUGGGUGGACCCCCAGAGAAGACAAAGUACCUUUUUCUAGGCGAUUAUGUUGAUCGCGGUUAUUUUAGUAUAGAAUGUGUUUUGUACCUGUGGUCUCUCAAAAUUUUGUACCCCACAACUCUAUUUUUACUCAGAGGCAAUCACGAAUGUCGCCAUUUAACAGAGUACUUCACCUUCAAGCAAGAAUGUAAAAUCAAAUUCACAGAGGCUGUCUAUGACGCGUGUAUGGAGGCGUUUGACUGUUUACCUCUAUCAGCUUUGAUGAACGGCCAGUUCCUGUGCGUGCAUGGAGGCUUAUCACCAGAAAUCCACACCCUCGACGAUAUCAGAAAGUUGGACCGCUUCAAGGAGCCUCCUGCAUUCGGCCCGAUGUGCGACCUUCUUUGGUCAGAUCCCCUAGAAGACUUCGGAAACGAGAAAACCUCUGAACACUUCACACAUAACUCAGUGCGAGGAUGCUCCUAUUUUUACAGUUAUAGCGCGACAUGCGAGUUCCUUCAGAACAACAACCUGCUAUCAAUCAUCCGUGCUCACGAGGCCCAGGAUGCAGGGUACCGUAUGUACAGAAAGAGUCAGCUGACUGGCUUCCCCUCCCUAAUCACCAUCUUCUCCGCCCCUAACUACCUGGACGUGUACAACAACAAGGCGGCCAUACUCAAGUACGAGAACAACGUCAUGAACAUCCGCCAGUUCAACUGCUCCCCCCACCCCUACUGGCUGCCCAACUUCAUGGACGUCUUCACCUGGUCCCUUCCAUUCGUCGGAGAAAAAGUGACUGAGAUGCUGGUCAACGUGCUCAACAUCUGCUCAGACGACGAACUCAUAGCCGAAGGAGAAGAUGGCACAGAUUCCACUGCACAAUUAGUAGCCGGAAAACUGACGUCAUCAUCCAAAUCUGAAGCCAGCCAGGUGGCUCAGCGGAAAGAGGUGAUCAGGAACAAGAUCCGUGCAAUCGGCAAAAUGGCCAGAGUCUUCACUGUCCUCAGGGAAGAGAGUGAGAAAGUAGUGGCCUUGAAAGGUCUCACUCCCACGGGCAUGUUGCCCAUCGGGGUGCUCUCAGGGGGCACUCGCUCCUUAGAUGAUGCGUUAAUUGGAUUUGAUCCAACUCGGAAAAUUGCGGGCUUUGAGGAGGCGAAAGAGUUAGACAAGGUCAACGAGCGGAUGCCGCCCAGGAAAGAUUCGAACAACCUAAACAACUCAGCCGCGGGAGGGAACAAACCCUACUGACCUCAAAAAGCUAAUGGGAUCAAGACGAGGACGUCAAUAAAAGAAGAAGACAAUAAAUGAAAUGGAAACGCUAUCUGAAUAACCAUCCAACAAAAAACAUCAGCACAACUCGAAAACAGCAAUGCAUCAUCUGCUUUAUUAUAAAGAAGGCACACAAAGAAGACUAAACGUUGAGAUGUUCAUACAACACAUCUAUCUGAAAUCUUUCACCAUAACUAUCCCCUAAAACAAGCAUCAAAAGUGGCGUUGAUUAGUUUUCGAUCCCUUGUUUCCCCAAUUGCAGGAAUAGGAAACAGCUUAUUAUCUCUUACCAUUUUUACAAAGCAGUCGCUGAUGGAACCUGGUGGCGACAGCAAGCGCUAAUUUCUUCCUUAUUUAAAUUUCCUAUUUCGAAGAAAAUUAUUAGCUUGUUUAGCUUUUCUCUAUAGCUGGGCAACUUAUUCUACUUUUUUCGGGUUGCUUUUAUUUCAAACUGAAUUCACGAAAUCAAACAUUCUCAUUCCAAUUUUUGUGCUCUUCGCAACAAUUCAGUUUCAUGGCUCAUACGUAUUUCCCCCUGGAAGUCACUCUUCAGUUACAUUGAUUAUUUCGCGCACAACGAAAACAACAGAUAUUGGAAAUGACCUUUUCUUUGUUCAUCUUAAUGUUUUAGUUAGUAAAAAAACUGUGGCUCGGCUGUCCUUAAUAUAUACAGAAUAUAAAUUAUCCAAUUGAAUGCAUUCAAAUUCACAUCGGAAAGCUUAAUUAAUCGUUUAUUACUUGUAAAUAAAAGCUUGGCUCGUUUGAAAAAUAUGAUAAAUUAAGUUGAGCGAGGAAAACGCGUUGAAGGGAAUUGCAGCAGUAAAAUGAAGUGAAGCCCGUCAACGUCCUUGAUUGCGUGGCGAGAUCAUUUGAGGAGGGAGUCAUUAUUUGCGGAUUAGCGUACAUCGCCUAUGUUGGACGACGUUGUUAUAGCGUAGUACCACCUCACACGGUAUCGCUGCUUGAAAGAUAAGAAGUCAACCUAGAGGCUAGUAUUGCGUGAAACAACAAAGUCUUCAGGCAUAGUAAGGGAUGCCAUUUUAUGGGCCUAGUUCGCUCCUUUCUCCCAACUAGAACAUCUUACCAUUAAAACGGACGUUUUUGUCGGAAUUAUUUUGAUUUGCAGCUCCGAUGAGGUAUUAGUCCUCAAAUCUGCAGAGUACAUUUUAUGAGACGGUUGCUUUUAGAAUACAUGGAGGUGCGUUUGUUUUUUACUUUGCUUUGCUCCUUUAUUUUUAUAUGAUCACUUAAUGUUCACCCCGAUUGAUUUGAUUCUAUCUUCACCCGGCGGGCGGGCGGGCGGGAGACUGAGCCAGCAGCUGUUAAGGGGGCAGGCUUCUCCUCUCCUCGCAUCAGUCGGGUGUCUUAAGCUACUCCUAGCUUCUAUUCUGCCAAUGAAGGAAACUGGGAAAAACUCGUGGCCGUCGUUAUUAAAUGUUUCUUUUUUACCUACACAAACUUGACCUGACCCAAUCUCAAUAAAUAGUGAGAAGAGUGUUUAGAUGAGCAACAAAAGAGAUGUUAUUAUCUCUCCUAUUCUAAUCUAUCUAUGUAUUUCUAUCAUUUUCAACUCGACCCAGUUAUGCAACCCAAUGUCUUUGAUAUGCUAGAUGUUUUCGUUUUUUCCUGUCAACCUUUUCCUUGAAACAAUUGAACAAAUUACUAAUUUUUUGGAUGAAACCUGGAGAAUGCUGUCGCGUCUGUUUUGUUUUGUUUUUAUUUCUCGAGUUUAAUGACGGACGGUGCAGCACCUCAUUUGGUGUCUAGUGUUAGACGAGCAGAUGGAAUGAAAAGAAUUUAAUCAAUCACCCUGCCAGUUUCUCUAUACGCGUACACCCUCAUGAAAAAACAACCGAACUUAGAAAAAACAACGGAAUGAAAAGACUACUUCAAACAACUCCUGAAAUACUCCAGUUAUUAAUCAAUCAGGAUGAAUAUUACAAAUUGUCCAAUAAGCAUAAUAUUGUUUUUGUUUAUUAUCACAAUUUAAUAAAUAGAGAAAUAUCUUUCCAUGUAAAUUUUGUAUCAAUGAAUUUAAUAAUAAAUGUUUCAGCUGCCGCUCGCCGCUACAAUUUAUGGUUGUCUUUGAUCGAAUUCAAUUUUUAUGAUAAA